CCCCCCGCCCCAGCUCCUGUCAUCGUUUCCCCCCUCCUCCUCUUCCUCCUCCUCCUCUUCCUCCUCCUCCGCCCAUCACCGCCACUACGAACGCCUUCGCCUCCUUCUACACCUCGCGCCGCCGCCGCCGCCGCUCCUAGCGCUCCUCUCCGGCUUCCACCAGCCCAUCGCUCCACGCUCGCUUGGCUGCUGCAGUCUCGGUCGGUCUCUCUCUCUCUCUCUCUCUCUCUCUCUCUCUCUCUCUCUCUCUCAAGUUUCCUAUCUCGUCAAGAUCAGGGCAAAAGGAAGAAAACACCGAAUUCUGCUUGCCAUUUCAGAGCGGCGGUGAUGAAGACAAAAUUGAACAUCUACAACAUGCAGUUGCUGCUUUUUGUUUUCUUGGUGUGGGACCCUGUCAGGUUGGUGCUGGCUAACAUCCAAGAAGAUGAGGCUAAAAAUAAUAUUACCAUCUUUACGAGAAUUCUUGACAGACUUCUGGAUGGUUACGAUAAUCGGCUUAGACCAGGACUGGGAGACAGUAUUACUGAAGUCUUCACUAACAUCUACGUGACCAGUUUUGGCCCUGUCUCAGAUACAGAUAUGGAAUAUACAAUUGAUGUUUUCUUUCGACAAAAAUGGAAAGAUGAACGUUUAAAAUUUAAAGGUCCUAUGAACAUCCUUCGACUAAACAAUUUAAUGGCUAGCAAAAUCUGGACUCCAGAUACCUUUUUUCACAAUGGGAAAAAAUCAGUAGCUCAUAAUAUGACAAUGCCAAAUAAGUUGCUUCGAAUUCAGGAUGAUGGGACUCUGCUGUAUACCAUGAGGCUUACAGUUCAAGCUGAAUGCCCAAUGCACUUGGAGGAUUUCCCAAUGGAUGCUCAUUCAUGUCCUCUGAAAUUUGGCAGCUAUGCAUAUACAACUUCAGAGGUCACUUAUAUUUGGACUUACAAUGCAUCUGAUUCAGUACAGGUUGCUCCUGAUGGCUCUAGGUUAAAUCAAUAUGACCUGCUGGGCCAAUCAAUUGGAAAGGAGACAAUUAAAUCCAGUACAGGUGAAUAUACUGUAAUGACAGCUCAUUUCCACUUGAAAAGAAAAAUUGGGUAUUUUGUGAUUCAGACGUAUCUGCCUUGCAUCAUGACUGUCAUUCUCUCCCAAGUUUCAUUCUGGCUUAACAGAGAAUCUGUGCCCGCAAGAACUGUGUUUGGAGUAACAACUGUCCUAACGAUGACAACUCUAAGCAUCAGUGCUCGGAAUUCUCUCCCCAAAGUGGCUUAUGCAACUGCCAUGGACUGGUUUAUUGCUGUUUGUUAUGCAUUUGUGUUCUCUGCCCUAAUUGAAUUUGCAACUGUUAAUUACUUCACCAAAAGAGGAUGGGCUUGGGAUGGGAAGAGUGUAGUAAAUGACAAGUCCCCUUCAAUAAAAGCUGAAGGCAUUACAUUAACAUACAACUCAGUGAAAGCAAUUCUUCAAGGAGCUAAGCUAAUAUGGUCCAAGUAUAUAGCUUUCUCAUGGCCCAGUUUAUUCCAAGAAAAGACUUUAGAGUACUUAGAGAAGUGGAUGGACUGUUUAACCUUCAAACAAUCUUCUAAAAAAGAAAAGGCUUCCGUUAUGAUACAGAACAACGCUUAUGCAGUGGCUGUUGCCAAUUAUGCCCCGAAUCUUUCAAAAGAUCCAGUUCUCUCCACCAUCUCCAAGAGUGCAACCACGCCAGAACCCAACAAGAAGCCAGAAAACAAGCCAGCUGAAGCCAAGAAAACUUUUAACAGUGUUAGCAAAAUUGACAGAAUGUCCAGAAUAGUUUUUCCAGUUUUGUUUGGUACAUUUAAUUUAGUUUACUGGGCUACAUAUUUAAACAGAGAACCUGUAUUAGGGGUCAGUCCUUGAAUUGAGACCCAUGUUAUCUUUGGGAUGUAUAGCAACAUUAAAUUUGGUUUGUUUUGCUAUGUACAGUCUGACUAAUAACUGCUAAUUUGUGAUCCAACAUGUACAGUAUGUAUAUAGUGACAUAGCUUACCAGUAGACCUUUAAUGGAGACAUGCAUUUGCUAACUCAUGGAACUGCAGACAGAAAGCACUCCAUGCCAAAACAGCCAUUGUCUUUUUAAAAGAUUUACCCUAGGACCUGAUUUAAAGUGAAUUUCAGAUGACCUGAUUAAUUUCCUAUUCUUCUAAUAGAGUUGAAAAUGGGGAUCCUGUACAACCCUUUGUGGACCUUUUUGGUUUAGCUCUUAAGUAGGGGUAUUUUCUACUGUUGCUUAAUUAUGAUGGAAGAUAACAUCAUUGUCAUUCCUAGAUGAAUCCUUUGAAGUAACAAACAUUGUAUCUGACAUCAGCUCCGUUCAUGAGUGCUCGGAGUCCCUGCUAAUGUAAUUGGAAGCUUGGCACACAUAAGAAAAACUAGAGAUUUGAAAUCAGCCAUGAAUUACUCUAUAUAGUAUCUAUAGCCAUGUACAUAUUACAGCAUGACAAGCUCAAAUAAUUAUGAGUCAGCCCGACAGGAAGUUAAUUAUGCCUACGAUUUAAUACCUAUUGAAAUGUCAUGGUCAUUACAUUUUUAGCUUCAGAGUUUAUUUGAAAGUAGUAAUUGAAAUCCUACAAUUCAUUUUAAUCAUUGGAAACUACCUUAAUUUAAAAAAAAAAGAAAAUAAAUGUGUCUUAACCUUUCCAGGUAUGUGUUGUAUUGAAAUUGAUCAGCUGAAUUUUACUGGUGCUGGAGACUGGAAAAGGCAUCCAGUUUGGUUGCUGUGGAGCAACAUGCAUAUUGGAUUAGAAAAUUGUGCCAAAAACUCCCACUGAUGAGAAUUCAUAGGUGCCCCACACUACGACAAGCACUUAUAUGAUUCUCCUCGUUUCCUGUUUACUGCAAAUUCUGCCUUAAGGCUUCUUUUCAAGACUCAGAAGCCACUAAUUAUAAAGGAAAGGGCAGUUCAUUGGCACAUAUUUCUCUUGUGAAAGCGGUUCUUUCGGAUAAGAAUUAAUGUAAAUCUGCUUUUGUAAAUUGCAACUUUAAAUUUCGCUGACUCAAAUUUACAACAGCUUUGUAUACGAGAAGAGGUUUUGGUAAGGGUUGAACAUUUUUACACUGCAACUUUAAAACAUCACCAAUAGAUUGUGGAUUAUUUCAUGUGCACAAACAUAAACACACACACACACACAGCUAAAUUAGAAACCACAAUUUUAAAUUUUAUAUAAUUACUAGCUAUUAAUGGGUAAAAUUCAUUUUUCUUUUAAUAUUUUAAAAUAUUAUUUAUGCCCCUGAAAUAUGCUAAUAAAAGUUAAAUAUUGUGUAUUAUGCCUAGAUUCAAAGUUUUUGGCAAACCUCAAAUACUUUUGAUUGACAUGUACAUUAGCAGUUAUUAGUUGACUUUUACUAAAACAUGCACCUUUACGAUGGUGUUUUUGUAGAAACAUAAGUAGUCAAAUAGUAACAUUUAUUGCAGUUUUGUACAGUAUUUGAGUAUAGUGCAUAAAUAGGUAUGUUCAUAAAAUCAAUAAAAGGAGUAUCGAUGGAAAUAAGCAAAAUCUCAGCAAAACUUGCUAUUCCUUUGCCUCAUUUAAUUUUUUAAAUUUUCUUUGUUUCCAUGUGAUUCUAUUAUAUGCUUUGCAUGAUUGUAUAAAACCAAGGUCACAAAUGCAACUUAUUAACGGAAUUUGCCAAGAAGACAGCCUUGACAUUAAAAAUUCCCUCACAAGAGGUAAUCCAUAAUCCUUAAUAAAAUAAAAUUGUUACGUGAGCCAAUAAAUGUAUUUCUUUAAUUCCCUUCCAGUAACACUUUCUUUGUCACCUAGUUUUAAAAUGUGCACUUUAUUCAUACAUUGAAAUAGAAGAUAUCCUAUUUUCUUAUACAUUUAAAUAUCGCAUAGCUCUUCUGUAUAGUUUAGGGAUGUGUGCAAUUGUAUAAGAAAGUACACAAUGCCAGAAGGCAAGCAAUGAAAUUGCUGUAUAUGGUAUGCAUUAUUAGAUACUUUAAGAAUAUUUUUCUUGUAAAGUCCACAUUGCCCCCUCGAUGUCUGACUAUAAGUCUUAAAUUUAUAAAUAUGUGUAUAUGUAAAAACCGUUGUAAAUAACAGUUUCUGUAUGACCACAGAAAAGGCUCAUCUAUACUUUGGGCAAAGAGCUGCUACUAUAUUGAUGGCACCCAUAUUAUUAGCAUUUAUGGCAGAUUGACCAGAAAACUUAUCACUGUUAUUCUUAUUUUAAAUUUCAUGUGGUAAAAUUUUAUUUGAGUGCAAUGACAUUCUGGCAGUUCAGAUUUUUCAGUGAUGGGGAUCAGAAUUCUCUGUUAUUUCUUUAAACUUUGAUGUACUCUUUACAUAUUUCUUCUUCUUUUAAUGUUUAAAUAAAUUAAAAGGAGCUUCUGCUCUUGUGGGGAGACUAGGGAUGCUCCAUGGAAAUUGCUUUUAAAUUAUAGAACAAGAUUCUUAACAAUUAUUCUCCUUUCCAUGAAUCAAUUUAAAAACAAAUUUAAAAGGAUAUUAAUUUAUCACAAUAAGACCAAUUUUUCAGAAAAUACAUUUUAUAUAUACUAACACCGAUCUCUUCGGCCCAUAAGAUUAUACCUAUUUUGUGCAGUUGUACAAUGACAUAAAGAGUUAUGGUAUGUACAAAAUGUAGAUAAAUACAUGUACAUAUAUAGAGAUAUAAUCUCAUUAUUUUAUAGCUACUACUCUGAUUUAACUAAUAUUUAUUCAAAAAUAUUUUUUACCUCCUCUGUCAUGCCCUGUGAUUGGUGUUAAUAUCAUUCAUGUCACACCCACUGAAUUUAGUUGAAAUUUUAAGUGCAUCUCAUUCUUAUAAUGACUUGAAAUUAAAGACUAUGUAAAACAUGUA